AUGCAACAGAGCUACACAGACUUCAUUCGUAGCGAUCAUAGCAUGUUUACGCAGCGAAUGAUUCACAUCAUUCUACAGCGGCUUACAGCUCAAGGCGUUCAGGAAGGCAUAUUUCGCGCCAGCAAGAACGAUCUUAGUAUGAAAAGGCUCUACAAGAAACUCUUUCCUUCUUCGCAAAGUUCGUCUUCUUUAGUGGCAGCCCAUCGGUUGAAGCUCCACUUGCAAGACGGAAUGGAAAAAGAAGCUCUAGAACAGAUGCGGAAGAUUUCCUCCUUUACAGACUCUUCCAUCUUUUGUCUUCUAAACCACUCCUUUCUACUAGCACUGAUAGGUAAGAUGCCUAUGAUUGUUGAAGCCUUCUUAAGCAAGGGGUUUCCGCCAAGCAUUAACUCACGAGUCCUAGGCACCCACAAAAACAUUGUCUUUCCUACUUACUUUCUCUUGGCCCUGGCCGUCCAGAACCUUUCCAUUAUCAUGCUCUUCUUUAAGCGCAACAUUGACUAUUUGGAAACCUGGCAUGGCUUAGGCCCGGUGCACUUAGCGGCCGUCAAUCCAGAUAUUAGGGUGUUAGACAUGGUCCUGGGCCACGGAAAUGCCCUAGAGUAUACCACGACAAUGCACUACUCUUUACUCUGCAGUCUAUCCAAGAAGGAAACGGAUUUACAGAAGAUGAUAGGCGGCCGACCAAUCUAUCCAAUUGACCUAGCGGCCGUGGCCGGAAACUGGGGCGCUCUUCUCCUUCUUAUAAAGAAAGCUCCUAAGUCAGCCAAGCUUUCUCAGAACCUCCUGCACAUUCUCAAUGGGCUUGACAUGAGUAUUAAUGCGAUUCAGCAAGGAGCAACCAUUGACCAGACGUUAUUUGACGGCUCAACUGUCCUUCAUACUAAGGCCUACAGCAAUCGAGCGGCCAUGGCUGCCUUCUAUCUUGGCUGCGGCCUGUCCACCGAAGAGAAGAACAAGAAGGGCGAUACACCCCUUCUAGUUGCUCUCAAACAAAGUCACCAGGAAACCUCCUGGGUUCUUGUUCAACACGGUGCAAUUGUUCCACCUACCUAUGCCACCCAUCCUAUUAUUCUGGCCAUAAACGAAGGAUGGGCACCAGACACCACCAUACAGGACCAGAUCAACUACUACUACCAAGCCGGCACACAGGCCCUUCCUCUCCCCAAGCCACCCAGCCGUUUCUCAAUCACCGGAAUACUGAACCCCAUGAAGAAGAACUACAAAUAUGAAAUGAACAAGCUCAACAACAAAAUAGAGCGAAUCAGCACCGCUAUCCAAAGCACACUCACCGAGCUUCCCAAAGAAGAGAUUUACGACCAAUUCAUCAAAAUGGUCUCUAAACGGCCUCCAAGCAAAACCAACCCCAACACAAUCUAUCCAUAA